AUGCCUACGGGGUGGUCUGUGGUUUGUGUUACAGUGCACCAUAAACAUAAACAUGACUUUAUUGAGAAAGAGCUCGAAUUGCUCCGAAAGCUGGGUGUUUUUGAAGCAGAAGAUUUAUUAGUUGUCGAAGAUCCCUGCAGUGAUGUUGGAUCGGCUGGGAGUACUCUGAACGCUUUAUUAAUUGCUGCUGAGCGAGUGUGCUACCGUAAAAAACAGGAUGACAUACAGGAAAGCGUCUUCGACAAUACGAAAAUUUUAAUAAUUCUCAUGGGGAGCGUAUCUAAUGCUUUCACGAGUUUAUCGAACCCCCAAAGUUGGAAGUUCCAACCAGAUACAGUGUUGAGCAAAACAAUAUCCAACGUGAACAGAAUCAGUGGAUGUAGUAGUGGUGUCUGGAUUGCAGGAACAAACUGCACUUACGAUCUUCCUCAUGAAUUGACUAUCGAUGAAGAGAGCUCGCUAAUGGCCUUUGCCUUUCAAGGUAACUCCGAACUUGCCAAAACUCAUGGAAGUUACUUGUUGGAUGAUAAGGGAGACUUGAAAUCUUUGUCCUAUUGCUCUGAUAAUGGCCCCAAUGCUGCUAUAAUUCUCAGCUUGCUGUAUAUGUCUCCUCGAGUAGCAAAACUAUUCUUGAGCUUGAGUUCUAUUCCACCCAUAGCUGCUACAACUUAUCAUGGAGAAGAUGCCGGUCUGCAGGGUAUGAGACUGUCGCUGUUUUUUGAUUUGAUCCAGUCAACGGUAAUGAGUUGCCAUGACUUCAUGGCGAACGAUUUUGGUCAAUCGAAGAUUGAAGAGAAGAUCAAUCAGAGGAAAAUUGCUCGUGCUAUUAUUUAUGACAAAUUUAACAAUAUCAAGCCCGCUAUAAAAGUUGCCCUUUUAGAAAACUAUCGCUAUCUGUCACAUGAUGCCGAAGUGGAGGCUGUUUUGAUGGCCAACAGUUUCAAUCGAAAGUCUUGGGCUGAUCAUUUGGAGGAUAUGAUCGCCGAUCCAAAGAAACCUUGUAAAGGUUACUCCUCUGUGAUUCUAGGUAUUGAAGAUGUUUAUAUCUCCGGACAUUUCAUUAGUAUCAUGGAUAAGUUCAAAGAUUUCUUGAGCGAAGAAUCACCUAUCACCUUAAUGGAUGUAGCUAGCAUAUUCUCAAGAAUUGCUCAUCUAAUGAUUCUGUCCUCUAAGGGACUUGGAGGCAUCAAUACUGGGCCUGCUGCCAAUCCUCAUUUCUCUCAUUAUUUUGAAGGAAUUCGAACGGCAAACAAUUUAAGCCAAGUGAAACUGAUAUGUCGUAGUUUACUGAUAUAUCUAAGAAAAGAAUGGUCAGCUUCACCCUUUUUGCUUGUUCGUGGUGCUAGACAUGCUGAGGCUGCUGUCCAGGUUCUUAUUAGUCGUCAAGUGAUGAAAGAAUACCAGAACGUUUUCGGGCAUUGUCACGCUAUCGAAUUUUUAAGAGAGCAGGAAGACAUUAAUAUUAAUCUACCCAAAACUGUGUUAAUCAAAGCAGCUGCAAGGAUUGAUCUAUGUGGUGGAUGGCUAGAUACACCUCCCAUAACCUUUGCCGAAAAUAAUCCAUGUGUGAUCAACAUGGCUGUCCUAUUCGAAGGAAGACAUCCACUAUCCUGCUAUGUCGAAAGAUGUUCAGAAGGGAAAGGGGUUUUUGUUUCAGUGGAAAAUCAAAGUACAUCUUAUUUGGAAGCUACAGAUAUCUUACGAACAUCAUCGCAACCUACAAUCUUUGGUUCAAUUUUUUGUGCUUGUAUUGUGGCUGUUGGCAUAGUCAAGGACUCUAACCAUAGUCUAAGUAGUCGAUUAAAACAAUUCUUCGACUGUGAAAAAAUCAUAAUACAAUGCAAAUCUCAUCUGAGUCACGGAUCAGGAAUGGGGGGAUCUUCGAUUCUCGCAUCGUGUAUUAUUGAAGCUUUAUUGAGAGCAUCCGGUCUGACCGAAAUAUCAAAAAAACAAAUAGUGUAUACGGUCUUAUGCGUAGAGCAGUUACUCACCACUGGUGGUGGAUGGCAGGACCAAGUAGGCGGUAUUUAUCCGGGCAUCAAACAUGGAACACUUUCUCAGAAAGGCUACAACGUUGAAGAAAUUCCUCUAGACCCUUGUUUUGAAAAUGAAAUUAAUGAACGCCUAGUUCUCGUCGAUACGGGUACAACAAGAUUGGCAAAAAACAUGCUACAGGUCUUUGUGAGAGGAUGGUUCACCGAUGUGUGCGUUCAGCAGAAACUUAGAGAUCUUUCUGAUUUAACUGAGCGAAUGAGAAAAAGCUUUGUUGAUGGUGAUAUCUCAACUCAAGCUUUAGAGGAACUCUCAGUCUUUCCAGGUGUUUUCCCGUCUAAAUCAGUAGAGGAGUACUUGGAAAUCAAGAAAUAUUUAACCUCCAAAAACUUGUCCAAAAGAGUGAAUAGCCUAAUCUAUUUCCUGAAGAAGGAAAAGGUGGCCGAAGCGUGCUGGUUUCCUGGCGCGGGUGGUGGAGGAUAUUUAUGCAUAUGGCUCUGCAAAAACGUGCAGAGAAAAAUUUUACUGGAUAUUAUUAAUGAAAAAUACAAGGAGUUCACCAUGCACGAAGUAGUUUUGACGCAUGAGCCAGUGUUGCGUAAGUACAAUGUGGAAAAUGAUGAAUUGAUUAGGAGCUGCUUUUAA